ACCGACAGGUCCUUUGUGCAAUGAACACGAUGGGCUCCGAUUAAACUGUCCAAUGCCUGCCCAGUGGGCGGAGUUCCAGCCUGCCUGAGCUUCCAAGAUGGCGGCGGGUGCGUGAGGCGCGAUACUCCGCGCGCGAUUCCCUCUUGCUGGCGCUUGCCGCCAUGAAGGGCAAGGAGCGCUCGCCUGCCAAGGCCAAACGGUCCCGCGGUGGCGAGGAUUCUUCUUCGGCGCGGACCGAGCGGAGCAGUAAGAAGCCCAGCAACGGCGGUGGGAAAUCUGCGGGCGGCGGCUCGGGCGAGGGCGGCGGCGGCGGCAGUAGUCGGCGGAGCCUUCAUCUGGAAAAAGCGAGCCGGGCCAGUAGCCGUGAAUAUGAAUCGGCCGUGGUCGGAGGCUCUGGGAGCGGCAGCGGCCGCCACGGCUACAGCGGCAACAACAACAGCAAAAACGCGGAGUCUUCCUCGUCCUCGCGUGGCAGCAGCGGCCGCGGCGUCGAUUCCCGCGCGCCCCCCUCCGACUCCGCCGGCAGCAGUGAGUACAAGACGCUAAAGAUCAGCGAGCUGGGCUCGGCGCUGAGCGACGAGGCGAUCGAAGACGGCCUCUUCCACGAGUUCAAGCGCUUCGGAGACGUCAGCGUCAAAAUCAGCCGCCUGCCUCCGGGCACUGGGUCCGGAGACGAGCGGGUGGCCUUUGUCAAUUUCCGCCGCCCUGAGGAUGCCCGGGCUGCUAAGCAUGCUCGCGGCCGCUUGGUCCUCUACCAUCGGCCGCUGAAGAUCGAGGCCGUUUAUGUAGGGGGCAGCAGCGGAGGGGGAAGCAGCCGGCGACGCGGCAGUCGUUCCCCAGCGCUUUUGGACAAGGAGUCUCCCUAUGGGGCCUCAGCAGUGGGGGUGGCGGGGGCAUCUCCCGCCACUAUCAGGCACCCUGCAACUGGGGCCACCCAGAGGGCCCUCUCGCCUGCUGGUGGAGGGGCAGGCUUAGGGUACAGAGACUUUAGAUUGCAACAGCUUGCCCUGGGUCGUCUGCCCCCGCCGCCUCUGCCCCGGGAGCUGGAAAGAGAACGAGACUACAGCGGUUUCUAUGAUCGGGUGAGGCCCACCUACAGUCUGGAUCGAGUUGCUGGAGUGGCGGCCGCUGCCUUUCGUGGGGUUGGUACAGGAACGGCCACUGAAGAAGAGAUUAGCCCUGAAGAUGACCAGAGAGCUAAUCGCACCCUGUUUCUGGGUAAUUUGGAUAUAUCGGUUACAGAGUCAGACCUUCGUAGGGCUUUUGAUCGCUUUGGGGUUAUCACCGAAGUGGAUAUUAAGAGGCCAAGCCGGGGUCAAACUAGCACGUACGGAUUUCUUAAGUUUGAGAAUUUAGAUAUGGCCCACCGGGCUAAGCUUGCCAUGUCUGGUAAAGUGCUGUUGCGCAAUCCUAUUAAAAUAGGCUAUGGUAAAGCAACCCCCACCACGAGACUCUGGGUGGGUGGUCUGGGACCCUGGGUACCAUUAGCUGCUCUUGCCAGGGAGUUUGAUCGCUUUGGUACUAUUCGUACCAUUGAUUAUCGUAAAGGUGACUCGUGGGCCUACAUCCAGUACGAGAGUUUGGAUGCUGCACAAGCUGCUUGUACCCACAUGCGUGGGUUUCCUUUGGGUGGGCCAGACCGUCGCCUGCGUGUGGACUUUGCUGACACUGAGCAUCGGUAUCAACAGCCCUAUUUGCAGCCAUUGCCACUUCCACCCCCUGCUCACUAUGAGCUGGUAGCAGAAACAUCAGCUUUUGGAGCACAUCGUGGUGCUCCACCAGAUCCACUCCGAGGUGCUCGGGAUAGAACACCACCACUGCUUUAUGGUGACCGUGAUAGAGACUUAUAUGGUGAAACAGACUGGGUGCCUCCUCCACCUCCAGUUCGGGACCGAGGCAACCGAGCAACUGUGUAUGAUGCACUUGAAAGUCUGGAACGGCGUCGAGAUGGUUGGUCUCUAGAAAGAACUCGUGGGGAAAGAGAGCUUGGUAGUAGUAGAGACCCACCUAGGAAGCGAAGGCUAGUGGAGGAUGGGGGUCGACAUUUGGACCGAUCACCAGAUAGUGAACGUUCAUCUUCAUCUCGUAAGCGUCACUGCCCUGCUGUAGCAUCUCCUCAAGAUCGUAGUCCUGAAACAAGCUUAAUCAGAGACCGCUAUAAUACUGAUACUGAUCGGCCCUCUUCUCGCUUACUCUUGUUGGAUCGUCCUUCACCAGUCAGAGAGCCACGGAAGGGGAGUUUGGAGAGAGGCCAGAGUGAGAAGCGGGAACAUAAGAGUUUGAUUGAAAAAGAAAGAAAACAUCGCACACUUGCAUCAACUGCUAUCCAAGAGUGCAAGAGUCCAGCUAAAAAGGAUGAACAUACUUCUGAAGGGAAUAGUAGCAGUGGAUCUCGGCUGAAGCCACCCCAAAAGCAGCAGCAGCAGGAUGGGGCCUCAAAGUCGGGAUCAUCUACCAAACUCUGCCUAGCCUGGCAAGGAAUGCUUCUGUUGAAGAACAGCAACUUUCCAUCAAACAUGCACCUACUACAAGGUGAUCUCAGUGUUGCUAGCAAUCUGCUGGUGGAAGGAACAACUGGUGGCAAAGUGGCCCAACUAAAGAUCACACAGCGUCUUCGUUUGGACCAGCCCAAGUUAGAUGAAGUUACCCGCCGUAUCAAAGUAGCAGGACCCAAUGGAUAUGCUAUUCUCCUUGCUGUGCCUGGUACCACAGACAACCGUGCCUCAUCUGGGGCUGGUGAAGCUAAUACCACCUCUACCCAGCGGCCAUUAAGAAACCUGGUGUCCUAUCUUAAGCAAAAACAGGCAGCUGGAGUGAUAAGCCUCCCAGUAGGAGGCAACAAAGACAAAGAAAACAGUGGAGUCUUGCAUGCUUUCCCCCCCUGUGAUUUUUCUCAGCAAUUCCUGGAUUCUACAGCAAAGGCCCUGGCUAAAUCGGAGGAUGACUAUUUGGUCAUGAUCAUUGUUCGUGGUGCAUCUUAAAGUCCCAAUGCUUUCUGUGCUUAUCCUGCUGCUUCAUACAACUCCCCCCUCUUCCAGUGUCUGCCAGGUGCUAAGCCUUAGCCAACACCCUAAGUAUAAUUUUAGAUCUGUAGUUACUGUUAUUUUCCCUUUAUUUUCUAUAAACUCUAGAGAGCAGAUAUAUUAAUUGUUCACUAGGCUACCCUCAACUGUCUUGCUAGUGACAGCAUAGCAAAAGGGAUGGCUUGCUUUCACUAAAAUAUGAAACAUUGAACAAGCUUGCCUCCCUCUUCUUUUUUUUUUUACUUUUUAACUUGUCCUUGUUCAUUUCACAACUUUAGGUAUAAAAUCUUUUCCUAUACUUACGUUCUAAAUUGCCAUACUUAAAGCAUUCAUGGUUUAUGCCCGUUCUGAGCCCUGCAGCUUCCAUAAAACUAUAGUUAUGAUUUCAGAAUAAUUCCUAGUUUACAAAAUGUAAAAUGAAAUUGAAUUAACUCAUGGUUGAGUCCCUGAUAUAGCUGAUAUUAAGCCUUCAUGGUGCACGGUAGUUUUCUUUCAGUUGGGUUUUCAGUUUUUGUUCCCAAAUUCAGAGAUAUGCAUACCCUUGGAAAAUGUUCCUAAUGGUAUUUUGCUUUGUUGAUUUUUUUAAAACUUGUGUGCAUUUAAGGGUUGUAGUUGUAAUGAAAGCUUUACUAUAACCCAUGUACAUCAUGAACUUCUGUAUUGAAGAUAGCAGGUAGUUACUGGUAUCAUUGUUUUUGCCCAUUACUAAUUGUAAUAGGCACAAUGAAUUCUAAAGUAUAACUUGGGAACACAAGUUUCAAAGAUGGCACUUAACUUUCACGAAAAGUUCUGCCACAUAACCAUUUCAAUUAUCAUUCUACCCCUGUGGAAAUCGAAAAGAAACUUACCUGCUCAAUAUUUUUCAGGUAAAAUAUAAUAGGCAUUAUGUGAGGUUUUAUAGUCUGGGUUGCACUGUUUUAAUCUUGACACUUUUGCAUUCACCUUGUAUUUCUAAAUGUUGGGAAGCAAUUCAGUUUACUAAAAGAACAUAAUUCGAUUGAAAGUAAGCCUUUAAAAGCAGUUCUUAUUUUUUAAAAUGUGUGAUAAGACUUAGGAAAGAAUCAACAGUUUAACUGUGACUUUGCUUGGUCUCUUCUCUAGUCCAAUAUUUUUGUUUGUUUGUAAAGCCACUGUACAGUAACAAUAUGUUUCUCAUGUGUAAACCAAUUCUCAAGUUUGAAUAAGUACAAUUACGAUAGUUGAAAAGUGGCUUAAUGAAACACUGCUCAGUGAAAUAUUAUUGGGAAAAAUGCUAUUCUUAAAAGUAUUUUUUUCAAGUAGAGCCUCACUUCUGAAACUAUUACGCCCUUUCACUCUUUAAGAAUGUGGGUACAGUAACCUAAAUCCCACAGUUCUGAAAUACAAAUUGAAAAUAUAAAUUGUUCUGUAAUAAAUGAAACUUGGAACUGUGAACCAAAUUAAAUCUAGCUACUGUUAUAGGCAGAGUCAGUAAGACAGAUUUGUGUUGUCUGUACUGCAUAAUAUUACUGGAUUAUCCAUAUUACUGCAUUUGUCAAAUGCAAUAUGCUAGUGGCUACAUAAAGAGUUUUCUUAGUGUAUUUAUUUGGAGAAAGAAUUUGCUCUGUUGAACUAAUAUAUUAAUUUAAAAUCCAUCCUUAUAUUUUUUUGGAAAAACUUUAAUAUCAGAUUCGAAAGCCAAACAUGUUGGCAAUAGUAUGCAUACUGAUGUGCUCUCCUUGUUAAAAAAAUCCUUCAGAACUUGAAUUUGAGGUAAAGUGAACAUACUGGCAUUUUAGGCAACCUUUGAGAACCAGUGUUGGAAAACCUUACACCAUGGAUUUCUUUUUCUAUUUUAAUUGAAAAUUAUGUUCAGUGCUGCUGCUUAUGAUUUGAACUGGGUAAAGUAUAUGUGAAAUGGGCAAUUCAGUUUUCCAAACCUUUUAUCUAAGAUUUUUUUUAAGAAAGAAGAUAGUCCAGUAGUAGCUAUAGAAAGAAAAAGAAUAGUAGAAGUCCAAUUUAGACUAAAAUGAUAACCAACAUUGGAUGGCUCAGCACUUAGUUAUAGCUGCUAUAGCUUUUUGUUUGUAUUAGAAUAACAGCAGUGCAAUUAUUCAUUUGAGCCAACCUCCAAGACUUCAGCAAAAGUUAAAUUUUGUGACACAUCUGUAUGCAAAAAAGAGGAUUGUGAUCUUUUGUAUAUGGUAUUAUGAAGCUUUAAGGCAAUGUAUAUUUGAAUGCUGCACAUGUUCAGAAAUUUGUUUCCAGAGUUAUAACAUUAGGAUGGAAAAUGUGUUUUUUCCUGACAGUCACUUAAUAUCACUUUUGGGGGAGCUGGGUAGGAAAAUCUUAACUGGCAUGUUGUCUUUGGGAUUUAAAUUCUAUAAUUGGGAACUUUUGGGUUUGAGUUUGGGUCCCCCCCCUUAAAGUUAACUAGGAGCUUUGCAUUUUGACAAAUGCUUAUCAUAUAUGGUUGGCUGUCAGUGGAGUAUCAAUUUAAGGCUACCUCAUUUACCAGGAUCCACUCUUAUGUUUAUACAAUUGCCUUCCAAUUUGGAUUAUCAAAAUUUGGAACACCGGAAGGCAAGAUUAGCAUAUUUAAAGCCAAUAUAUUUAGCAUGGGUCUUUUCUUCCCAAGAUAUAUAAGGGGGAAAGGAAGAAGCCUUCAUUAGGAAUUUAAACAAGUAGUAGGAGUUUGACUAUGUUUUAAGAGUAAAAGAAUAUAGGAAUACAUCUGAAUUGGAUAAAAAUGAAAAAGUUAAGGGUAGCCACUUAAGCAUAUAGAAGAAUAAUUCAUGUAGGGUGCCUGAUUGAAUGGCUUGCAAAAUUGUAAAGUAAUUUGAUGUAUUAAUUUCCUUGCCUUCAGUUUUCCCCCUGUAAACAAUAUUAGCUGCUCCAGAUGUGUCACUGAAGAUAAACAUUUCCCUUUACAUUAUCCAAACUAAAGUAAUUUGGAACAACUAGAAAAAUGUACACAGAUGUAGGAUGAAGAGAAUCUGAUGUAUAUUUUAGCUAGUUUUCUCCAGUAAGUAAUGAGUCUGUAGUUGGAGAUAACAUAGCAAUAUGAAAAAAUACUUGCAAACAGAACACUAAAUUUCAUGUUCUUGUUUGACUUUUUGAAAGUGAGAGAAAUUGUGUGAAUUGUGAAAAUUCAGUUGAUUUUUCUCCUGUAUGUUUUUUUAACUAGUACAGCUGAUUUUUUUUCCAAUCUCUACCCUAUAUUUUAACUCCCUGAACUACUAUUUGUGCAUUUAUAUACAGAUGUUAAUUCAUUUCAAAAGCUUUGUGCCAGUGAAGGGUGAUUGGUGCUUUCAGACAUUACCUAGAACAUUAAUAGCCUUGUAGUUUGAACAGUUAUCUGUAAAUGUAGGGGGAAGACAGAUCUCUUGUAAACAUUUGUACUGAAUAACCUCUUCUUUCCUCCUGAAAGCAAGGCUAGUGAAGUGCUGAAGACCACAAGGGAUUCCAAACUCUAAUGGACCUUUGCGAAGAAAAGCGUUGGCUUAUGUGGAAUUUACAUGGGCCUCAUGGAAGAAAGCUUAUCUGUUUAGUAUUUGUGCAUUUUACUAAAAUGGCAGCUUAAAAAGUUGUGUAUCUGCUAUUUGUGAUGCCAAUGCCCAUGUUUUAAAGUGGAAAAUUGACCUCUUUGCUUUGUGCUGUGUACACAAGAUUUCUGCAAAAGUAAAGGAAAAAAAAACCUUUUUAUGGCUCACACAGCUUAAAAUAGCUGUCACUCAAAACAUGCGCUCACAGUCGAGCUGAUUUUGUUUCAUUCUAAAUAAAUUGUUUCUUUUGAGGAAAGUGGUUUUUCUGCCUGGAAAUGAAUUGACGACAAACCUUUGACCCCUUUGUUUGCAGCUGUGGGGGUACUUUACAACUGCUCCUGCUGCUCCUUCUCCUCGAUCUGAUAGUUGUGGGUCUCAGACAAGAAACAGGGAAACCUUCGCUUUGAUAUUGACCAUCUUUUGUAUCAGAUCUGAAGAAAUCUAGUUUGUUGUGUUGCUGUGUCCUCUUGUGUACGGUGAAUGGGGAUCAAUGGCUGCUAUCUCCUCAUCUUUACGAGGAAAUGGUGCUGUUGCUGGCAUGCAAGAAGCAGGGAAAGCAUCUUAAGUCUCAGAACAGUGUACAGAUCUGGGACUUUGUUGAUUUUGAAGAGCUGGAGUUCCUGAAUUUUAAGUUCUUGAUUUAUUUUGUUCACCUAACUUGUUUGGCCUUAGUUCUGAUUUUAAUUUGAAGAAAGUUUGAAAUUGCUUUGCAUCUUGCUCAUAACCUUUUCACCAAAUUGAAAAGAAAAAGUAACUCAUAAAAAAAAAUUAAAUGAUAGCGCGUUUCCAGACACAGUUGAAGAGCUCCUCCACCACCAGGGGCUUUUCUUCAGAGUUAUGCAGUCCUGGGUGUAGUUCUGAAUGGAAGAAGAGUUCCUGAGAGCUAGAGCGCUGUCAUUUAAAACGUGUACGAUUGUUAUUGGUGCUCUUUCUUGACCCGUUUUGAAGCAAAUGGUCUACACACCUUGGAUGUGCAUGCAACCUUGAUCGUUUCGUAGGUACCACUGCAAACUUUCUAGUUUGUAGUACAGAUGAUAUCAGGAGGAAAAAAAAAGUGGUGAAACUUUGAAAAAAAAUGUGCUAUAUUUCCUGCAUUUGGGGAUCUUGAGCUUUGGAAAGCUGUUCCCACUGUGCAGGAGUACAACUCUUUGCUGCAGGAGACUUCGGGGCACAGUUGACUACACAUCACCAGAGGUCAAGAGGAAGCGAACAGUGCUGCACCUGCAUCGUGGCUGCAGAAACUGCAUUUGUUUCCCAAGUCUCUUAGAAUUAACUAGUUGCCAUUUGACAUGCAGAUGGAAGACACCUUGAAAUGCAAGCUUGCUCUGGUUGCCUUGAAAUGCUUAACCUAUUGUGGAUAAAGAACACUAGCGCGGUCCUAUAUCCAUGCAGGAUGAUUGCUAGGCAGCAGGUGCUUAUCAACCAAGGAUGCUACGAUUGUGUUCCACAAAAUAUGGGUUCCCAUGGCAAACUGCUGUAUAAAACUCUUAAACAGGAUUGGUCAGCCCCUCUGGACUGAUUAGAGGGACAUCUUUAUCUGAAAGGAACUCCAGGCAACUUACAUGAAGAUAGCUCUUCAUUUUAUCCCCUCCACAUUCCUAUGAGGUUCCAAGAAUAGUGAAAUGGAUGAAACAAGGAAACAUAUGCCAGCCAAAAUGAAGGACCAUGCAUAUGUCCGUGUGUAAUCAUACAGCCAACCUGUAAGUAAGAGGAACAUCAGGAUUUGGUUAUUAAAUCAUUCUCAUUUGGUGUAGUUGUCUUUUCAUAUCAUUACUAAUGCAACACUUUUUAAAACCACGUAGGCACCUAAACAAUACUGGGUUUGCAUCAUUUAACCUAAGUGGCAAUAAAGAUUAUGUUUUGUAAUCCACCUUAAUUGGUUUAAAUUACAGGAACUGAUAUCUUAUUCCAAGGUAAAUAUAUUUCAUUCCUUUAAUAUUUCUUCAUGGCAUGUUUAUUAAAUAAUAAUCUGUUUCAGUUUUUCUUUCACCAGUCUGUUAAUUUUUCUGCUUGCUCAAUCUCUGUAUUUUAGGAUCUGCUACUGAAUCCCACAUUUGAGUACAUUGUUCGACUGUGAAGAAGAGAUGGCUUUUUACAGUAGUAUUGAGCUAUGGAGUACUCGAGUGAUACUCAAGAACCACAUAGAAGAUACAGUCUUUUGUUCAGACUAAACAUUCUUAUACACCCACAUAUAAGGACAUUUUAAUUUUGGCGAAUUUUAUGUAAUGUAUAUCGAAUGAAUCCUGGUAAAUAGCCUUUAAUAUGAUGCCUCACAGACUUUUAAGUAUUAAUAAUUUUGAAAAUGGGUAAAACACAUCCCUUGAAAAAGUAUAUAAAUUCAUAGAAGCAAUGCACUAUUAUCCUACCCCUAACAUUUAUAGAACAAACUGAUCUCUUAUCUGGUGAGAUCUCAUUGGUGUUCACACAGUUACUUGGGAAUACGGUAAAUCCCCAGGAUCCCAUAGCAAUUAGGUUGUGGAGGAUUUUCUUGCUGUGGCAAACUUAAAAUUUACCACCAGAGGGCUUGUUCCCACAUUGAAAUAGUAUGGCUCAUAUUUAAAGCACUCUGGAGUAGAUCCUACCUGAAAACCUGCUUCUAUUGAUUCAUACUUAUGUGGUGCUUCUAUGUAUUACAUGUAUGAAUUGAAUUACUAGAGGAUCAUAUGAUCCUUGACAGUCUAGUUCGCUUCAUUAAAAAACAGCCAUAUAGAUGCUUCCUGUAUGCAGAAAAUUAUCUGUCCUCCCAAUUACUCCAAAUCUCAUACACAACAGUGUCUGAACAAAUUCUUUUUAUCCCUUAAGGCUUAAUACCUAUCUGCUUUUUAUAAAAAUGUAGAUUCAAACAUGAAUUUGGCUAUAAAUGUAACCCUCUGCUUGUUAGUUUAGCUAUUUUGUGCCUUAAACCAGGGGUGUCGAUUUCAUUGAGAGACGCAUCAGGGUUGUGUCUGACCUUGUGGGGGGGCAGGGUGUGUUUGGCCAGCUUGAUGUUACUCAUGUCAGGGGUGCUUGUGGCAGCCUGAGUGCUCUGCCAGUGAAAAUGGGCUCCUGAUUUUCCAUUUUCAGUUGUAACGGCCUCUUGCAACCCUCUGCCAGCGAAAAUGGAGCUUGGGAGGGCCGCAUGUAGUCCUCCGGAGCUCCAUUUUUGCUGGCAGAGGCAGUGUGGACUGCUCCUUUGCUGUUUCCAGGGUGGCCCUGUGGGCAGAUCUAAGCAACCUGUGGGCCUUGAGUUUGACACUCCUGCCUUAAACUAUGGUGUUUUUUUUAAUUCAAAUCUACCGCAGAUAACUUGCACUGAAUGAACUCAAAUGUUAGAGAUAUGAAAGAAUAUGCACAUUUACCAAAUAUACAUACGGAAUUCUGACCGUAUUCUUUUUUUGAAGUCUCAAGUGCCUUAACAUGGUGUUUAUGGACAUGAUCAUAUUUCUGAUUAUUUCACUUACUCUUUUCUGUUUGUUUCAGGGCUAUGAAAUGAAUUGUAUCCUGAUUAUACCAAAUGAUGUUACCUACAGAAUUAUUUAAAAACAGUAAUUGCCAUUUCAUUUUCAGUUCUUUUCCUAAUAACUCCAGUGUUCAGUGCGUAUUAUAAGGAAAUGUUUACCUCAGGUGAAAAUCUUUGCAGUUAAGCUUCUACUGUUUUAAGAAUUUAGGUUUUAUCGGGCUCAUAGUAUAUAACCAUGUAGUUUAAUUGCUCAUUCAUUUUUUAAAAGUUCUUCUGCUUUAGGUUUCACUAUCUUGAAUCACUGAAUCCACAUCCAAUGGAUACUAUUAAUUCCAGUUAUGUAGAUAAAAUGCAUGGAUACAAUUGCAAUAUAAAACACAUAAAAACUUUACAAUAAUUGUCUUCUGGAAAUGAAUCCUGUCUCACUAGUACUUCUCAGAAUCCACUUUGACAACUGGACCAUACCCCAGAAAGCAAGACAGCUGUGGUUUUACCAUUUUUGUUGCUAGCUGCUAAAGAAGGGCUAAUAAACUAGAUUUAAAUGUUAACAUAUUUAAAUUUAAUUAAUUAUUUACUAGAAGUUCUUCAAGAAUUAUGUAGUUAUUUAUGUGUUAAUUUUAAAAACUCUUACGUUUUUUCUAUUUGGCACAGCUCUUCAGAGGCAGCCCUGCCCCAUUCCCUAGAAUAUGCUUCAGGUGUGGGUCCUGCAUUAACAUCUUUCACAGUGAAGAUUGAUGCAAAAAUUCCAGGUAGAACCUGUGCAAUUUCCCUAUCCUCUUUCUGCAUUUCUAUUACAAAGGUAUUACGUUUCUUUGGUUAAUUUCCUAUGCCUGGUUUAGUUCAAUAAACAUUUUCUUCCUUUUUCCUCAUUGGCUGACAUUGGUUUUAUCAAAACUUGCAUCCUUUCAUUAUUUUCCUCAUGGAUGCUAAAUAAAAUUUUAAUGUUGUUGUUUCCCUUAGAUUGUUAAAUUGCAUUAUUGCUUUUGAGCUUCUAUUACAAUAGCUUUAAAUAACCCUUUUUAAUUAAUUCCCUUACCACAUAGGUUGUGUCAUCUCAAAUGAAAUGUAAGAUCAAAAUUCAGCUUUAGAAAUAUAAUCCUUGUUUAUAUUUGGACCAUCCACAUUUGGUCUAAACUGGAUAAAUGUAACUAUUUAUCCUAGGCUAGGAUGAAAGUAGACAGUGAAACUAUUAGUGUAGCUGAAGAAAACAUUAGUUUAACAAAUUGGGUCUUUUUUCUAUUAAUAUAGAAUACUUGUAUGAAUACAUAUUUCUCCCCCCAUCUCUCUGUUUCUUACACACACACACACACACAGAGAGAGAGAGAGAGAGAGAUGUAAACAACUUGGUCUAGCUGUAGCAUUGGUGCUGUAGCAUGUUUAUUGUUACUAUUUAUUCAUGUUCCACUUAUCAACAUCUUUCCCAAAGGGUAUCUAUUCUGAACAAGUUACCUUCAUUGCUGCAUUUAUAAAAAGAAAUGCAUUGUCUGUAGAACAAUGUGAGGGUUUUCUUUUAUAGUUAAGAACUGACAAAUAUUUUAUAUUCAAAUUAUUAUUUCUAGGGCUGUGCAAAGAGUUCAUAAGGUGUGCUUUACAACGUUUGGAGGCACCCCUCUUUCUGUUGUAAAAGAAGCUGUAGAACCUCCUUUGGUUCUGUGAAAAUCACAGAAUUUUACAGCCUUUUAUAAUUGAAUAAUCUUUAUGGCUUAAAUACCAUAAAGUCUGAAAAGUAUUAUCCUUAACCUAUAAACAUAGAAGUUAAAAUCUAUCUAUGUAGUUUAUAUGGACUUUCAACUCUUUUUUCAUAAAUUCAGUGAUGCAGCUGUUUGGCUGACAGAUAUUUAAGAUAUAGAUUUUGGCUGUUGUGUACACCCAUAAGGUUUUUUUUUUUGAGGAACUAAGCUACUCAUUUGGACCUACAAGAAGGUAAUCUUAUAAUAGUAGAAAGGAAUAAUGCUCUGAUAUCUAUUAACAAAAGUUUAAAAGAAAAUUAUAAUGUAAGAAAAGAUAACUUUAGUACAAGAAGGGAUUGAGGAAGAAAUAAGACAAUGAUUUCUUGUUUGUAGUAAUUGUGGGUGAUACAUUCUGUUAUUAUUCUUUACAUAGACAGGUCAGCAUACCUGGCAUUUUAUGAACAGAAAGAAAUCUCUGCUCUUUACUAGAAACAGAUUUAAGGGCGAUGAAAUGAGGGAAAGAGUAGAAGAAUAUCGUAUUUAAAUAUGAAAUGUAACACUAAGUGGAACACUGCCAAAUUGUACACAGGUACUUUUAUUUUCCCUUUGUUUACACUUUUGAUAGGAUUUUUCCUAAACGUAAAAUGCAUAUAUAAGUCACAUUAUACUUUGUAUUUUGAAAGAAAAAUGCAGUGCAGUUAGAAGAAUUAUUUUUUCAAGGAAAGAAAAUGAUAAUUACUGUAUUUUUCAGAGUAUAAAAUGCACCUUUUCCCCCCAAAAAAGAGGGUGAAAAUUUGGGUGCAUCUUAUACUCGGAACGUAGCCCCGCCCAGCUUCUCAAAGGGAGAUUUCAGUGGCUGAAAAAAGCAUCAGAAACGAAGCUUCCAAAAAGAAGCCCCCAAACAGAGCUUCAGAGGCUUUUUUUCUGAAGCUGUUUCAGAGGUUUUCAGAGGCAUAAAAAAAAGUUUUUUCUGAAAGAGUUUCAUAAGUUUCAGAGACAGAAAAAAAGCAAAAAAAAGUAAGGCACAGAGCUCACAACCAAGGAACCUAUUGCUAAAAUUCACCUCUGGAACAGCUGAUUGAGGUAUUCCGGGAGGCCGACCCACCUGCCAAUCAGCUUUUUUCUUAUUUUCCUCCCCAAAAACUAAGGUGUGUCUUAUACUCCGGUGCGUCUUAUACUCCAAAAAAUACGGUAUGUUACCUGCUAUAGGAGGUCCCACAAUAACUCCAAACCCAGCAAUGAAUGAGGCGACUCCCAAGGCACUGUGAAAUCUGGCUGCACCUACAAGCUCUACCUGUUAAAGGAAUGAGUAUUUAUUAUUCAAUAGACAAGUAAACAGAUUUAUUAUAGUGCAUGGAGAGAGAAAGAGAGAGAGAAGAGAAAGAGAGAGAGACACACACACAGAUUUAUUGUAUUCUAAGCUUGAUAAAGCCAUGUUUUUAUAUUACUAUAGAUACCUUUGUUGUAAUUUAAUAAAUUUAUAACACAGCUAUAACAGAGCAAAAACAAAUCAUAUGAGUUAAAGAACCUUAAAAUUUCUUACAUUGCCAACUUUAAAAGACAAAAAACGUCUAUCCCUUGUUAAACAUUCAUACACACACACAUUUUAAUACUGUAUAAAAGUGAACUGUUGGUUUCAGUUUAUGAACAACAUCUCUUAAAGAAGCUAAAAUUUCAGAUGCCUUGGAGGCUGCCGAAGCAUCCUGCUGAUACUGAUAAUAUAGGUUUCAGUUUUACAUAGUAUAAAAUAUAUGUUGAAUGCAAAUUGAACUCAAAAGACAGUAUCUCAAAAAAUUUUAAAUAGCCACUAAAAAUCAACCAAAAUUUAAAAUAUUAAUUCCUGUUAGCCAAACUAUUCCAAAACAACUUCCUCUCUGAUAAAUUUCAGAUUUGAACUAUACCACAAUGUCAAUGUGUUGUGUGAUUUGGGAUCACAUUCCAGCUCCUUGUCUGUUAAUAGUCAAAUAUGCCUAGCAGCUUUCAAAGCAUGAAAUGAAGUCCCUGACACUUGACUACAUUUCAGAGGUGUUAUGUCUUUGCUUUUUUAAAAUUUAUAAUAAGUCUCAUUCCACAAAAGUAUAGAUGGAAGAUAAAAGGUCAAUUGACACAAAUGUUUGAAAAUGUAUUUAUCAAAUUUAUAUUGUCAUUGAUUCUAGGCAGUGUUGAAAAUCAAGUAGGUUAAGUUGUCCAAAUAUAUUUUAGGGAGUUUAGUUUUCCAUAAAUAUUUCUCAUUAAUUACUCUGUAUGAACUAUUUAUUGAAAAUGAGCAUUGUUUUUUGUUUCAGUGCACUAAUAUGAGAUAUUGUGAGUGGGUUGAAGAGGAUUACAAUCCAGGAAACUCCAGUUAGGAGGAUGCAAGUAUGGUAAAUGAAUAAUUAAUUUGAAGAAAGAGCAAUAGCAUAUCUUCAGUCUGGAGCUGUGUUUUCUUUUAAAACUUAAUAGUUAAAAGUUAAAUAUGUAAUAUUAAAAACAGCAUUUUUUGAGUCAGUGUUAACUCCUGGCAACUGCCUGAACUAAUGCCUGCAGUAUUCUUGGCAAAAUUUCAGAAGUGGCUUGCCAUUACCAUCUUCCUCAGCAGACUGGUUUCCAGCAGGACUAGAACUCACAGUCUCCUGCUUUCUAGCCUAGUACCUUAACCCUUCCACCAAACUGGCUCUUAAAAUAGUAGUAACCUAAUAAAAAUGUUGGCUCUAAAAUAGUGCAGAUCAGGGUCUAUAGAGAUUCUCAAUCAUCCAGAUCACACUUGUCUCAAAGAUGCUUUUCCAAAAGACAGCUAUCUUGAAGGUUUUUUUCCUUGAAAAUGUUUUGCUUCUCAUCCAAGAAACUUCUUCAGUUCUGACUUAGAACUGAAGAAGCUUCUUACAUGGGAAGUGAAAUGUUUUCAAGGGUAAAAAAACCGAAGAAAGUGCAGAUCAGUACUUAACUAAUAAUAAAUUAGGAUCAGUAAAAUGUAUUUUCAGUGUUUCUGUGCAGUUCUUUCUCUGCCUCCUCAAUUCAUGUUUCUGACUGGACCUGAAACAUGCAAUUCUCCAGUCUCUAGCACUGACUGAAUUGAAGCAAAUUUGAUGGAAAUGUAAAGUGCUACUGUGCUAAUAUUUUCACUGUUCAAUUACUUUUUUCCACUUACCAGCACAGGAAACAGCAGUGCAAGAUAUCCACCACUGAAAAUAGCAAAAGUUACAGAGUAACUCAUAAGUAAUGGGAAGUUUGUAGCCAGAGGACACAGCAGAUUAGUGAGCCCGCAAAGAAUGAGACUUCCUGGUAGAUGCUCACGCUGCUUGGCUGUGGCCUUGUUUGUCAGAUUUCUUAUCUGAGUGGUAAGUCUUCCAUCCAUUUAGAUUUUCAAUUCUAUCAUUAUCAAGAUUCAACACCAAAUUCCUGUAAGCUUAUUCACAAGCUCUGGUCAGUAAUUUUAUAGCAAAAUGCUUUGUUAAAUGAAGUUGGAGUUUAGAAUCUGGAGUAAUAACCCUUAGCUUUGUCCAUCCCCCAAAUUGCCCAUUGGUAAGUUCUCUUGCUACAUAAGCUGCUUGGUUUUGCCUCAAGAGUAUCUAUCCAUCAUCAGGUGUAAGGUGGAUUUGGCUCAGUUUCUUAACCCCUAUUCCACACCAGUGUUUUCAAGCAAAAUUUAAAGGAUUGGUUUAAAUUGAAAAUAAAUAAUAAAGUCAUUUUAACUAUUGGUUUAUAUCUUAAGAAAAAUAUGUAAUAAAGAUGGAAGCAGUUUUGUAUUGAGGUGAUUUUUUUAAAGCUAAUAAAAUAUAAGAACAUA